AGUUUCUUUUUUCUUUCAUUUUUUCGGACAUAGAAGACGAGGUGUCGUCCUUCAUUCAUCAAACAAUUUCCCCGCCCAGCAAUACAAAAACAAAAUUAGCUCCCUUGUCUUCUUCAUCCCUCUCCAUCUCACAAUGGCAGGUGUGAACAAACGAAAACGAGGAAGAAAGCCCAAAUCAGAUCCCCCUCCUUCAACAGCAGAAGACAUUCCUUCACCCCACAUAGACAUUGACAUAGACGACGUCGUUUUCUCAGUCAGUAAUGUUGAGCUCAUCCACCCACCCCCUCCUCCUACUUCCACUUCCCAACGCCCCCGCCGUGGUCGCCCUCGCAAAACCCCUAAUCUACCCCAAAACAUCAACCCUGAAAAUGGAAAAACCCUAAAGGUCACCUCCCCAACACGAGAUAAUAAACCCAAUGGGGUAGCGUCUCUUAUUGCCCCUGAGGCAAAUGGUGCUGCUGCUGUUACCUCCCCAGCGAUGGAUGCUGUAGUGAAGGUGUUUUGUGUUCACACUGAACCCAAUUAUUCCCUUCCUUGGCAGCGGAAGCGACAGUAUAGUUCGAGUAGUAGUGGGUUUGUUAUUAAAGGAAGAAGGGUUCUCACUAAUGCACACUCUGUUGAGCAUUACACUCAGGUUAAGUUGAAGAAGAGAGGCUCUGAUACUAAGUAUGUUGCCACUGUCCUCGCUAUUGGAACUGAAUGUGAUAUUGCUUUGCUGACUGUGGAUGACGAUGAGUUCUGGGAGGGGGUCUCACCUGUCGAAUUUGGGGAUUUGCCAGCCCUUCAAGAUGGUGUCACAGUAGUAGGUUAUCCAAUUGGGGGUGAUACAAUAUCUGUCACAAGUGGUGUUGUUUCACGCAUAGAGAUAUUAUCUUAUGUUCAUGGCUCUACGGAACUUUUGGGGCUCCAGAUUGAUGCAGCUAUAAAUUCUGGAAAUUCUGGUGGGCCUGCUUUUAAUGAUAAAGGAAAUUGUGUAGGUAUCGCAUUUCAGUCCCUUAAACAUGAAGCUGUGGAGAAUAUUGGUUAUGUCAUCCCAACACCUGUAAUCGUGCACUUCAUUAAAGACUAUGAGAAGAAUGGAGCAUAUACCGGGUUUCCCAUUCUUGGGGUUGAGUGGCAGAAGAUGGAAAAUCCAGAUCUUCGGUUGUCAAUGGGAAUGAAACCUGACCAGAAAGGUGUCCGUAUAAGAAGAAUCGACCCUACUGCCCCAGAGUCUAUGAUGUUGAUGCCAUCUGAUGUAAUCCUAAGCUUUGACGGGGUUGAUAUUGCCAAUGAUGGAACAGUUCCAUUUCGGCAUGGAGAGCGUAUAGGUUUUAGUUAUCUUGUAUCCCAAAAAUAUUCCCGUGACAACGCUGCAGUUGAAGUUCUUCGUCGUAAUUCUGAGAUAUUAAAUUUCAACAUCAAACUUGCAACUCAGAUGAGGCUUAUUCCGGCUCACAACAAGGGGCGACCUCCGUCAUAUUAUAUUAUAGCUGGAUUUGUUUUUACAACUGUAUCUGUUCCAUAUCUUCGUUCAGAGUAUGGAAAGGAUUAUGAGUAUGAAGCUCCUGUAAAGCUGUUGGACAAACUCUUGCAUGAGUUUCGGCAAUCACCCGAUGAACAGAUUGUUGUGGUUUCCCAGGUUCUAGUUGCUGACAUUAACAUUGGAUAUGAGGAGAUAGUUAAUACUCAGGUUCUUGCUUUUAAUGGUGAGCCUGUGAAAAAUUUGAAGAGUUUGGCCAGCAUGGUAGAGAAGUGCAAUGAUGAGUUUUUGAAGUUUGAUUUGGAAUAUCAGCAGGUGGUAGUCCUUCAGACAAAGACGGCAAAAUCUGCAACAUCAGACAUCCUUACUACACAUUGUAUUCCUUCUGCCAUGUCCGAGGAUCUUAGGGCAUAAAUCAUUUUAGCAGGGGUAAAUCAAUAUUCUUGUUGCCAGCAUGAGAAUAUUCAUUUUUUCCUAUUUGCCCGCCAUCUUUAUUAUUUUUCUUAGCAUUCUUGGUUUCAUAAUUGAUCUGUAGCCAAGCAGACGAUUUUUGUAGUAUUUCACUAUUGAUGGAUGGUAAAUAAACCUUAGGUGUUAGCAUCUAAUGCUUACAAGAAUUAGUAAAGGGUUGUACCUUUUUCUCAA